AAAUGCACACUGAAGUGGAUUAUAUGGCAGUGUGGAGUCAAGAUAAUCCAGUGCAAAGCAGAUAAUGUAAGAUUAUAAAUGGGUUAUAGAGCUGUGUGGAAGGGCCUUGAGUCUACACUGCCAUAUAAUCCAGUGCAAAUUAGAUAAUCUGUGGAAGAAGUCUAAGUGAGGCCUAAAUCGGCCUGUCCCCUAACUGAAACCUGGCUGUCCCUUGGUUGCUAGGCAACCAAGUGGGCAGAGAUUAGCCCUCUAAACUGGCAGCAAUUGGAUAAAAACAAUUAUUGCUCUCCCUCUAAUUAGGACUUUAUUUUUCUUUUCUUUUUGUUGUAUCAACCUUGAGGCAUGGAUGAUGGGUUGUGUUGUCAAAUUUUGAGGUUGGGGGGCCUGUACUUUUGUUGUUUUGUGAAUUGCCGUGAUGCCAUCACUCUUUUAUAUAUAUACUAGCUGUGCCCGGCCACGCGUUGCUGUGGCGAAGUCUGGUGGUCUGGGAAAUAAAGUUUUGAGGAAUUGGUGGUAGUUAAGGUCAAGGGUAAAGGUUUUCCCCUGACAUUAAGUCCAGUCGUGUCUGACUCUGGAGGUUGGUGCUCAUCUCCAUUUCUAAGCCGAAGAGCCGGCGUUGUCCGUAGACUCCUCCAAGGUCAUGUGGGAUGACUACAUGGAGCGGCGUUACCUUCCCGCCGGAGCAGUACCUAUUGAUGCACUCACAUUUGCAUGUUUUUGAACUUCUGGGUUGGCAGAAGCUGGGGCUAACAGUAAAGGCUCACUCUGGUCCCCCAAUUCAAACCUGCGGCCUUUCAGUCCAGAAGUUCAGCAGCUCAGCGCUUUAACACGCUGCGCCAUCAGGGGAUAUUAUUUCCUAAAGGUUGUGAAUAUAUAAUAUUUCUGAUUGGUUUUUUUUGUUUGUUGGAGGCAAGUAUGAAUGCUGCAAUUAGGAAAAAUGAUUAGGAUGUAAUGGCCUUGCAGCUUUAAAGCCUGGCUGUUUCCUCCCUGAGUGAAUUUUUUGUGGGGAGGUGUUAGCUGGCCCUGAUUGUUUCCUGUCUGGAAUUCCCUUGUUUUCAGAGUGGUGUUGUUUGCGAUAUUUUAUGUGCUUCUACUGUCUGUGGCCCUGAGAAAACAGAGGAUUUGCCAGACUUUGAUGAUGGGAAUACUUUGUUGGGAUGUGUUAGCUGGCCCUGAUUGUUUCCUGUGUGGAAUUCCCCUGUUUAUUCACUGUCCUGGUUUUAGAGAUUAUAUUGUUCUGCAUUAUUCUAUCCCAGUAAUUAUUUCAUAUUAAAGAAGAAUCUCACUUAUCCAACAUUCGCUUAUACAAUGUUCUGGAUUAUCCAACGCAGUCUGCCUUUUCAUAAUCAAUGUUUUUGUAGUCAGUGUUUUAAAUUCAUUGUGAUAUUUUAGUGGUAAAUUUGUAAAUACAAUACAGUAGAGUCUCACUUAUCCAACAUAAACGGGCUGGCAGAAUGUUGGAUAAGCGAAUAUGAUGGAUAACAAGGAGGGAUUAAGGAUAAGCCUAUUAAACAUCAAAUUAAGUUAUGAUUUCACAAAUUAAGGACCAAAACAUCAUGUUAGACAACAAAUUUGGAAGAAAAAGUAGUUCAAUACACAGUAAUUCUAUGUAGAAAUUACUGGAUUUAUGAAUUUAGCACCAAAAUAUCACGAUAUAUUGAAAGCAUUGACUACAAAAAUGCGUUGGAUAAUCCAGAACGUUGGAUAAGUGAGACUCUACUGUAAAUACUACAUAGCAUUACUGCGCAUGGAACUACUUUUUCUGUCAAAUUUGUUGUAUAACAUGAUGUUUUGGUGCUUAAUUUGUAUAACGAUUACCUAAUUUGAUGUUUAAUCGGCUUUUCCUGAAUCCCUUCUUAUUAUCCAACAUAUUCACUUAUCCUGCCGGCCUGUUUAUGUUGGAUAAGUGAGACUCUACUGUAUAUUGAUAAUCUUAUAUUAUCUGCUCAGAACUGGAUUAUAUGAGGCCCUUUCUUCACAGCUGUAUAAAAUGCACACUGAAGUGGAUUAUAUGGCAGUGUGGAGUCAAGAUAAUCCAGUGCAAAGCAGAUAAUGUAAGAUUAUAAAUGGGUUAUAGAGCUGUGUGGAAGGGCCUUGAGUCUACACUGCCAUAUAAUCCAGUUAAAAUCAGAUAAUCUGUGGAAGAAGCCUAAGUGAGGCCUAAAUCUGCCUGUCCCCUAACUGAAGCCUGGCUGUCCCUUGGCUGGUUGCUAGGCAACCAAGUGGGCAGAGAUUAGCCCUCUAAACUGGCAGCAAUUGGAUAAAAAAAUUAUUGCUCUCCCUCUAAUUAGGACUUUAUUUUUUUCUUUUUGUUGUAUCAACCUUGAGGCGUGGAUGAUGGGUUGUGUUGUCAAAUUUUGAGGUUGGGGGGCCUGUAGUUUUGUUGUUUUGUGAAUUGCCGUGAUGCCGUCACUCCUUUAUAUAUAUAGAUAUACAUUAUUUUCUUCUCUGAGGGCGGGGCGCCAGGAGGGAGCGAGGGAAGGAGAAAGGGCAGAAGCCACGCCUCCCGCCUUCGGGCGCCAUCUUGGGGCCGGGCGGAAGUCCAACGAGAGCGGAAGGCUUCUGCUUCCUAGACGGGCGGUUCCUCACUUCCGAGCGGUUCCUCAAUGGCGGCGGAGAGCUGAGGAGAGCGGGAAGCGGCAGGUAACCUCUAAACACACCUUGAGAAGAACAACCUUUGAGAGCUUUGCCCUAAGAAUGCCAUAGGACUGAAAUGAAGGGUCACUGCACUGGCAAGAACAAGGAAUAAGUAAGAGAAAGACAUAUUUCAAGCAACAUACUUGAAGGAAACGGGAGAUUGUGCUGUUAAAAGAGGGGUUUGGGUACGAGAUCAGAAGGCUACGAAAUACAAAGACCGAGAAGAGGAAAUCCUGUGCUGUUCAGGAGUUCAUAUCUGUGAACCUCUGGCAUAAUAUCAGAAUCAUAAAUCUAAAACAAUGGAAAAUCUUCAUCCCCAUUCCACAUCACAUAUAGAGGAGAAGCUACAUAAGUGUAUGGACUGUGGGAAAUGUUUCAUGUGGAGAAGUUCUCUUACUACACAUCAACAAACUCACACAGGAGAGAAGGCAUAUCAAUGCAUGGAAUGUGGAAAGAGCUUCAGUCGAAGUGGAAAUCUGCGUUCCCAUCAAAGGACCCACACAGGGGAGAAGCCGUAUCAAUGCAUCGAAUGUGGAAAGAGCUUCAGUCGAAUGGACAUUCUGCGCUCCCAUCAAAGAACCCACACAGGGGAGAAGACGUAUCAAUGCAUGGAAUGUGGAAAGAGCUUCAGUCGAAGGGACAUUCUGCGCUCCCAUCAAAGAACCCACACAGGGGAGAAGCCGUAUCAAUGCAUGGAGUGUGGAAAGAGCUUCAGUCACAGUGGAGGUCUGCGUUCCCACCAGAGGACCCACACAGGGCAGAAGCCGUAUCAAUGCAUGGAAUGUGGAAAGAGCUUCACUCGGAGUGGAGACCUUCGUUCUCAUCAAAGGACCCACACAGGGGAGAAGCCGUAUCAAUGCAUCGAAUGUGGAAAGAGCUUCAGUCGAAGGGACAUUCUGCGCUCCCAUCAAAGAACCCACACAGGGGAGAAGACGUAUCAAUGCAUGGAAUGUGGAAACAGCUUCAGUCACAGUGGAGGUCUGCGUUCCCACCAGAGGACCCACACAGGGCAGAAGCCGUAUCAAUGCAUGGAAUGUGGAAAGAGUUUCAGUCACAGUGGAGGUCUGCGUUCCCACCAAAGGACCCACACAGAGGAGAAGCCGUAUCAAUGCAUGGAAUGUGGAAAGAGCUUCAUUCAGAGCGGACAGCUGCAUACCCACGAAAGGGUCCACACUGGAGAGAAGCCACAUAAGUGCAUGGAAUGUGGAAAGAGCUUCAGCCAGAGUGAAAAUCUGCGUUCACACCUAAGGACCCACACAGGGGAGAAGCCGUAUCAAUGCACAGAAUGUGGAAAGAGCUUCAAUCGGAGGGGAAAUCUGCGUUCCCAUCAAAGGACCCACACAGGGCAGAAGCCGUAUCAAUGCACAGAAUGUGGAAAGAGCUUCAAUCAGAGGGGAAAUCUGCGUUCCCAUCAAAGGACCCACACAGGGCAGAAGCCGUAUCAAUGCACAGAAUGUGGAAAGAGCUUCAAUCAGAGGGGAAAUCUGCGUUCCCAUCAAAGGACCCACACAGGGGAGAAGCCGUAUCAAUGCAUGGAAUGUGGAAAGAGCUUCAGUCAUAGUGGAGGUCUGCGUUCCCAUCAAAGGACCCACACAGGGGAGAAGCCGUAUCAAUGCAUGGAAUGUGGAAAGAGCUUCAGUCAUAGUGGAGGUCUGUAUUACCAUCAAAGUACCCACACAGGGGAGAAGCCGUAUCAAUGCAUGGAAUGUGGAAAGAGUUUCAGUAACAGUGGAGCUCUGCAUUCUCAUCAAAGGAGCCACACAGGGGAGAAGCCGUAUCAAUGCACGGAAUGUGGAAAGAGCUUCAGCCAAAGUGGAAAGCUGAGUUCCCAUCUGAGGAUCCACACAGGGGAGAAGCCAUAUACAUGCAUAGAAUGUGGAAAGAGUUUCAGCGAAAGUGGAGCUCUGCAUUCCCAUCAAAGGAUGCACACAGGGGAGAAGCCAUAUCAAUGCAUUGAAUGUGGAAAGAGCUUCAGGCACAGUGCAGGUCUGCGUUGCCAUCAAAGGACCCACACAGGGGAAAAGCCGUAUCAAUGCACGGAAUGUGGAAAGAGCUUUAUUAGGAGUGGAGAUCUGCGUUUUCAUCAAAAGAUCCACACAGGGGAGAAGCCGUAUCAAUGCACGGAAUGUGGAAAGAGCUUUAUUAGGAGUCGAGAUCUGCGUUGCCAUCAAAGGACCCACACAGGGGAGAAGCCGUAUCAAUGCGUUGAAUGUGGAAAGAGUUUCAGUCAUGGUGGAGAUCUGCGUGGCCAUCAAAGGAUCCACACAGGGGAGAAGCCGUAUCAAUGCAUGGAAUGUGGAAAGAGCUUCAUUCAGAGCGGACAGCUGCAUACCCACGAAAGGACCCACACCGGAGAGAAGCCACAUAAAUGCAUUGAAUGUGGAAAGAGCUUCAGCCGGAAUGAAUAUCUGCGUUCCCAUCAAAGGAGCCACACAGGGGAGAAGCCGUAUCAAUGCGUUGAAUGUGGAAAGAGUUUCAGCCACAGUGGAGGUCUGCGUGGCCAUCAAAGGACCCACACAGGGGAGAAGCCAUAUCAGUGCAUGGAAUGUGGAAAGAGCUUCAUUCAGAGUGGAAAACUGCGUUCCCAUCAAAGGACCCACACACGGUUAGAGGAAGAGACCUUCCUUUCAAUUCCCUGUUCUACUUAAAAAAUCCGCCAGACAAGGGUCCCAUCCCUCCAUAGGCAGGCAAAAAAUGAGAGAAUAAAAGCACAGAGGAAGGCCGCCACCUUGUUCUCUAUGUGUCGUGGACAACCGUCUGUGUGGAUUGACUUGAUCUCCCACAGAGGAGGACUCUUCUCAUUAUUGCAGCCAUUUUUGAAGGGGUUACCCUGACCUCUUCCUCCUCAAGGAAAGCAUCCCAGACUUCUCGGAUGAUCUGUGAACGCUUGCUGAAGUGAGAACAGCUGAAAUCUUAUGGUAAAGACCAGCUCUUUGGGAGCAGAUAACGGCAUUCCUUCGUACUGUUGUCCUGGACCUUGGCUCUGAUCCCUCGAUUUCAAAUUCUGGACUCUGGCCUAUUUCCUGUCACCCUGCUCUGGACUCUGUUUGUUGGAAAUAGGCAACCUUCUCAAGCCUCCUCUGUUUAAUGAUUUGUCUGUAUAUAAUGUGUUGUUUUAUUACUGAAGUGUAUGUGUGUCCUUGGGUGUGCAGUCUUUCCUAACACUAUGUUCUUGAGGAUGUGGGAGAUGCUGCAGACCAUGUGACCUGAUCAGGGACUGAUUAGAACACAGUUAAGGGAUGUCUGUUGAGAGAUGACCAUUGAAGAUGACAGUUGGAAGUAGACGGUUAUGAAAGAGAGUUGUACAGAGAUGUAUAGUGUUGGUGGGACUUAGAAAGACUGAAAUUUAAAGACGCAAACCAAAAUAAGCAGCUUUUUGCAGUUUGUGGAUCCAACUUUGGUGGUGUCCUUCCUCGCCCGCCCGCCUCUCCACCGGAAGGGGCUCCUGCUUUUCAACAGAUUACACAGAGAAGCCAUUGAAAUACUUAAACAUGUGGACAACUUCAACAGAAAGGAGGAAACCAUGAAAAUGAACAAAAUCUGUCUACCAGUAUUAAAAAAACCUCAAGAAUCAGAACAGUAAAUAAGAAGCAACACUCUGAGACAUGGGAACUAGAGGCAGCUAACAAAGGAUGCCCCCAGGCAGAAAGUAGCCAGUAGAUGAAGCCAUUCAAUGCAAAUUAGGGUGAUUAACUCCUCACCCUGGACUUCCCACAGAUAUAUAUAAACCUGCCUUGCUUAGUUUCUCCAGACCUCACAACCUCUGAGGAUGCCUGCCAUAGAUGUGGGCGAAACGUCAGGAGAGAAUACUUCUGGAACAUGGCCACACAGCCCGAAAGACUUACAACAACCCUGUGAUCCCGGCCAUGAAAGCCUUCGACAACACACUGAAAUCAGUUGUCUCCACUUUAGAAUCAGUUGUAUAAAACCGUCUCGGGUCAGCCACACGGAAUCCGGUCAGCAGGGUGAAGUGUCCUAUUCCUGCCUCAUUGCCCUGUCCCAAAGGCUUGGCCCCACAGCCAUCUUUCUGUGAGUCUCUUGGGGAGCCACAGAAAGACUGAACCAUCCAAUGUAUGCGAACUGCUGGGACCAUCGGUAGGACUCACUUUCCAGCCUUUAGAGACGCUGCCUGUUUGCAGGUGUGUUCCUGAAUUGCAAAGAACCCAGUGGACAAACGAUGCACCUGGGACACAGGUGGGGAAGAAGCCUCACGUCUUAAGGAGGAGGACUGGUCAAGGGGGGGGCAGGGGAGGGACCGAGGUGGGCUGAACGUGGAAUACAACGGUUUCUGUGAGGGGAAGGGGAGAGAUCGCAGGAGAUACAGAGUACUCAAGGGUCAUGUGGAAGUGGUACAAGAGGAACCUAGAAGAACAGAGCGAGGCUCAGAUGGCCGGCAAGACUGGCCAUUACAACAUCAACAUGGGAUUUUACAACCUAAUAAGCUGGCUCUUGAAGCCUCGGACUCCCUUUCAAAUAGGGGCAGGUGGGCUUCAAUGAGAGCUGUCAAGAUGUCCCUGGGACAGAUCCUAAGGCCUACGGAUGUCAAAAUUGGUUCCAUCAAGCGGCUCCGCAGAGACUAUUAUAAUCACAUCUCCCACCUGCCAAUUACAUUCGAUGACGCAACUAUAUCGAAGGGGGUGUUUGCAUGUAAGCCAUUGCUGAAUUAUGGGGAGACCGUAUAGGGAGCGCUGUCCGGCCUCAGUUGCCCGGCCACUUGUUGCUGGACUUCAAAAGAAAGGGAUAUUGAAUUGCCCCCAGAGCGCCCCAGAGUCGUCCCCACACACUCGAGUGAAGGGUCCGGGUCCCUCGCUAGCCCCCCAAGUUCCGGGCAAGGAGAGCGCCAGCCCUUGCCCUUAGAACGAGGGCCCCGACAAGGACUCUGUUGUGACUCAGCAGCAGCAGCAGCAGCAGAGCCAGAGUGAAGAUGAGGAAGGGGAUUUUGGGUUUCAGAUGCAGGAGCCAGAUGAUGGGAUGCAAGAUGAAAUCCAGGAUGGUGUCAUGGGGAUGGGAAAUCAUGGAGUUCUACAGGCUGGUUCAGAAGCGCAGCCUGUGGAUGAAUUCCUGAACCAGCCUGUCCUAGAUAAAAACCAGGGACACCUUCCCAAGGGAAAUAAUGAGCUGGAUUUGUCUCAGGCCCCUGUUCAGGCGCAAGAUAAAGAACCGUCUGACCGUGACUGCCAAGAAGCUCCAUUGCUAUCUCGGGCUUUCUCAAUGGAAAGGAAUGCCUCGGCGUAGCCUGAGAUUAGCUGGAAAACGGGAGGCCACUGAGGGAAAGAGAAAUGCGUUCUUGGGUUGCUUUUAUAUCUGUGUGUUGGGAGACAAAUCUCAGUCAGAGCAAAUUCUCUCUUCAUCUGAGUGGAUGGUCUAUGUCUUCAUGCUUUGGAAAUUCUCCUGUUUAUGAAUCCUUGUAACCUGUGGACUAUUGUAUCUUUGGGAAUAGACUCUUGCUUUUUGCCUAUGGA